AUGGACGACGCGUCAACCGCGUGCGAAGGUACCCUCUAAAAACAACUAUAAAUAAUCGAUGGAUUUAUAGAUUUGAAAUUCUUCGAGAAACGGCUCACCGAGGUGAUAACGUACAUGGAACCCCGCUGUGUCCGUUGGAGAAGUCAGUUUUUACUUUUAAAUGAUUUUUUUACCGUUUCUGAACCGCGGUAGGACGUUUUUUUUUUUCAAUUUUUUUCCGCUGGCUCGAUUCACAUAUAUGGAAAUUGUAGUUUUUAGAGAAUGCGACAAUUUUUUUUUCCGGAAAAUUGCUAAAAACCCUUCAGUGGCUCCUUUCAUGAAUUUCACAUUUUAAGAUCAGAAAAGGUUAAAAAAAAAGAUGCGCGAUGUGUGAGAAGUCAACAAAAAAACAGUAAAUGGAAAAAAAAUUCUCCAAAAAUUAAGGUAUCGAAAAACUGCGUUAUUAUUUUUCGGCGUACCACGAUUCAUCUUGCGUGUAGCAAAUUAAUUUGUGGCUUGAGCUAUCGAAAAAAAAGGUCCUGACAUGAUUAUGAGAUAUAUAGUACUUAGUAGAUUCACAUGCAGAGGAAUCAAAAACGAGAAACCUAACCAAUAAGUUUUCGUGUUCAACCAUACCAAUCUACUUUAUCAACGAGUUAGGCGCCAAAAAAAACGCGUGGAAGAUAAUCGAAAUAUCUAAAGUCAGUCGCAAUUCAAGAGAUUAGCUCUCAAUCAAUAUGUACCCACCACAACAACUUUCCAAGGCUCAACCUAAUAACAUUGCAAUGAGGAACAUUUUUCGGAGAACGAUGAGAUUGAAAUUAGUGAAGCAAACAUGAUGAAUAUCACGUUCUGUUGUAGUAUUACUCUUAGUGGUUCUUCUCGCCGUCACGAUCAGUUUCGUCUUCACGGCGUUCGGCUGGGUCAGCGACUCGAGUCUCAGUUCGGUUGGUUUUCUUUUCAUUUCGAAGUGAUAUGGAAAUAUCAGACACCUUGAUAUUUAAGACUGCGUUGUAUGACAUAAUAAGCCCCUUUUUUCAAUAAAAGUUGCCAUCCCGUUCCUCAUUUUUUUUCGCUUUCUGUCUUUACCAGGGAACGUUUUUCAAGAAAAAAAAUUUCUCGCAUUAGAUCUUGUAUCCGAGUUAUAGAUCUUAAAAGUGUGCAAUUACGCAAAUUAGGCCAAAAAAGCGCUAUUUCGGGCUUGUGAAGUGCCCUAACUGGAAAACGAGAUCUAUUGAGAAAAAUUUUCUUUCUUUUCUGGAAUCAGGGGGUCCUAAAGUACACUUUAGCAAAGUCCCAGCAAAAGUUUAACCGCGGGAUGAAACGUUCCCUAGUUAGGAAAAGAAACAUAUUUAUUUUACUUUACUUCCCGAAAAACUCCGCUCACCUUUUCAAUAUUUUUUUCUUGUUUCUACUUUAUUUUUUUCUGAAUUUUCUCUAACAAUAAAUAAAAAAAUUUUUAGCUUUUUCAAAAACGCCAAAAACUUCAUCAUUUUUUUCAAAAAAAUACAAAUUCGAGAAUUCAUUACACGACUGAAAAGUCAAAUCGCAGAAAAUGUUUCAAAACUGUGAAAAUUUUUGUUUCGGAGCAAUUUUCUUGCGUUUCGGAACAAGUUUCGUUUUUCCCGAUGGACAUAUCAUUAAAAUCAUCGUUUUUAAACGAGAAAAAACGGUUUCGAAGUUUAAGAUGACGUUGUACGACUCGUUGAUGUUGCAUCCGUUGUUCAGCGUCAGUUUUCCGGUGUUGAUCAUCCUGUUCACCGUGUUCGGCAUACACCAACGUAUUCUGGGCCCCUACAUGUAAGUUUCGGCACUUUUUCUUCUCGUUUGUGGUUUUUGCAUGCAAAAUGGGUUCAUUUAUUUUUUUCGUUCUCUAUUUCUCUUUUUAAAAACUUCGAACUCAAUUAUGAAUCAUAAACCGUGGUUUAUAACUUUUUGAAAAAUUAUUAUUAGGUUUUUUUAUGAUUUUCCACCUAUUUCUUCCAUGUGAGUUUCAUUUUUGCAGUUUUUUUUAAAAUUUUUAUAGCUUCCUUGAAAGAUUAUUAUUUUUGAAAAACCUUCCUGCGUAGUGUUCUUAUGUAAUGUAUGAGUGUUUUUGCUCAUUAAGUUAGCUUUCACUGAGAUUUUCGGCUUUUCUGAAUUUUUAGUUCUGAUACUCAGAUGAAAAAAGUUAUUUUUAUCACGCUUUUUAUGAAUAGAACCAUCGUUGAGUUAUUUCUCAAUAUUUUGUUUUUGUCCACUUGGCUUCAGGCUCUCAAUACAUUUUUGGAUAUAAAUGGUUGUUAAUUAAGUUGGAAACCCAGAAAAGGAUUGGGAAGUAACGAGGGAAUGUGUGUUUGGCGGUCCUCCUUCCGCUUCCGUUUCGACGCCUGUUUGCUCUUUCUCGUUGCAACCGAUGCUUUUUCGUCCUUACUCAGCCCUUCAUUCCGCUCAAACAUGUUUCGAAUCGAAGCUACUUGUUCGGCUGCUUUUUAAUCUCAUUUACGAAGUUUUUCCCACAUUUUUUUACCAUUUGAUGCUUGAUGAAUCCCAUGAACUUCUCCAUUAUAAUUUGAGAACAAGAUGAAAACUGAUUCGUCAUCUAUUUCUGUUUGUCUUGCGAUUUAUACUACAAAAUCGAAAAAAAAAAACGAGUCUAGAAAGGGUAGUGCGAAGCCAUACAUAAGAUAUUGGCUGCCGAAGCUCUUGAUGUCCUGCAAUAGACAUGAAAAAUAGCGAAAGUGCUUGUUAUUUCUUAUUUUUUAGAGUUUGAAGAGAAUUUUUUUAUGAAGUGUGCGACGCAAUAACAACUUCAAUUUUUCCCGUUUUUAAUUGUUUUGAGAACCGCUUAAGCGGAAAAAAAAAAUCUAGUUUCAGCCUGCCUCCAUUCUUUAUCACGAAAAUGUUUUAUAUCCAGUUCAUCUCGUUUUAAAUCACAAAAAUCUCAGCCGGAAUCGAGAAGCAGAAAACUUUGAAGCGGUCUUUAAAAAAGUAAUUAGAUUUGGCUAGAAAUGUUCGUGUCUUUUUUUUCGCCUAAAAGACUUUUCUGGCACUUUUCUCUGCGACCAAAUUCCUAAUGCUUUUCCUUUUCCUGCCGCCAGUGCUCCUCUAGAUUUUGGCCUUCUUCCAAGUCGAGAACUCCAACAAAUGAGAAGCGUUAUCCGAAGAAAUGUCCUUUUAUGGCUUCUCAUGCUGCAUCUUAUUAUUGCUUUUUUGCGCUUUUCUAAAGUUUUCAGUAACUUUUUUUCAAGCUCUUGGUUUACUUCAUUCAAACUUUAAUGUCUUUAAUGGUUCCUAAGUUGUUAAAACUGCAUUCCCGAUUUCAAGUUAGAGGAUAAGUGUUUUAUAAAAAAGACGGGUUUUUUUUCUGCAUUUCAAAGGCUAGAAAUCGAGAACAGACAAGUCAAAAAAUUUCUUUUUUUCUUUUUUGCAGAUUUUGUGCGUAAUAUUUUAAGCUUCAAAAAAUACUAGAACUGUUGAUUUACUUGAUAGAGCUUCUUUUUAUUCAUUUCCAAAGCGUUUAUUUCCUUCAAUAAAUUCGAUUCUUCCAUCCGAAAAUCUCGCGUAAUGAGAUUUUCUGAGAUGUGUACUACAAUGGAUCAUCAAUCACCAGUGGAAAUUCGUUCACAAUGAGUCCUUUCUUUCUCUAAUUCUCUCAUUUUACACACCUUAUCAGCCGGAUUACUCAUUUGUCUGGUUUGUAGCCUCGAAUCGGGAAAAUUCCAGAAUCGCCCCCCACACUGUUUUUUUGCCCCCCGCGUUCCAACAAGCCCCCCCACCAAGCCAAGUUCCGAUCUGUGGGGGGUAAAAUAGGAGGACUUCAUGUGGGGGAAGAAUCGAACGCGGGGGGGGUGAAUAUGUAUUCUAGAAUGGCCCCCCACAGUACAAAAACGGGGGCGAUUCUGAAAUGCCUAGGCAAUCUUUCAUAUUUGCCCCCGCACGGCUUUGAAAUAGUCCCCCAGAGCUCAUUCGAACAAGCCCCCUCCCAUUUCAGAAUGACCCCCUCUCAUUUCAGAAUGGCCCCCUCCAUUUCAGAAUGGCCCCCUCCCAUUUCAGAAUGGCCCCCUCUAUUUCAGAAUGGCCCCCUCUAUGUCAAGUAUUUUUAUUUAUUUGACGAAUUGUUCACUGUGGCUCAGUUUUUUUCGAAGCGAGCCACAGUCGGCUUCGCGCUAUGCGCGCUCCGCCUCCGUGUGAAGCCUUAAAACUAAGCCUAUUUUCCUAAGUAAUUUAUUAAUUAAUGUGCAUGAAAAAGAAAAAAAGCAAAAAAAUUCUAUUCCUCAGAACAAUUACUUGAUUGAAAAACUAAUAAAGUUCAUCUUAAAUUUUUUUCUAAGUGGUCAGCGCCCCAUAAUUUUAUGAUAUUCGUACGUAUCUCGGCGAGACGUACCCGUAAACUUCUUUGUCUGACUUGAACUUCUCAUGAAACUCGGACAGCGACCUAAUUUCUUCCAUGAUCUACCAAUCAAAUCACAAAAAAAUUAUUAAAUUCACAAAAAGAACACGAAUUUACAUGCGAAAAAUACAAAAAAACCAUUUGAAACAACCAAGAACGACGAAUGAUACGAAAAAAAUUAGAAAAAUAAAUUUAAAAAAAUGGAAGCUCUGACACGUGUCCUACGUGAUCGUUGCGUGACUUUUUUUCGGUGUGGGGGGUUAUACUGGAUAGUUCCGGGGGGCUAUAUUGGAUAAGUGUGGGGGGGCUUGUUCGAACGUGUCGCGGGGGGUGAUAUCCAACAUAUGCGGGGGGCUAUACUGUAAUAUGCCCCUCGAAUCUACUCUCGCGCUUUGCAGGAGUAUAAUAAUUCACAACGGAUAUUUUAUUCGUAUAGUUCAAAUGACUAGACAGAUAGUUCAAUUUCUCUAUUAAACUUUGGGUUUUUCUUCUUCAGUCGAAGAUAUCAUUUCCAGAUGAACUAAUUUCCCCCUUUUCGGUCUUAUAUUAGUAAGAUAAAUCUAUCACAUUCAUUUAUGAUCACAGCUUGAUUUUUAAUAAAGUCGAAAAAAGUAAUAAAUAAAAAAAAGAAACAAGGGCGAAAAUUUAAAAAAUUUUAAUGCACCACAAAAGGAGAACAGAAAAAAUUAUUAUACCCAUUUUUAUAACUUUUCGGAUCGACUUUUUUUUUCUGUAUUUCAAAGUCCAAAAACCUCUCAACUUAACUAUCUAAGAAAGGGAGACUUCUAUUCACUGUAAUAUCACAAAUAUUGUUUGACUUUUUCCCUUGAACAACUGGAUUAUCGUUCCGAUGAUCCGCCAUGUGGUCCACGAGGAACCACAAUUUAGUCGACCACAGAUUAUUUCGAGAGAAAACAAGAAUACGUCAUGAGAGCAUCUUCUCUCUGUUAACUUCCCCUUGUUUCGUUGUUGAUUUUCAAGAAAAAAUUCUCCUAAAACCAGAAAAAUCAGAGGCGUUUGCUAACCUCUGAGUCAGCACGAAUCGCAGGUGUUUAAUUCAAAUUAAUCGAACUUUUCUUCGUCGAAGUUUGCUCCGUUAUGUCCUUUUCUCUUUCAGUUUCAACUUAUCGGUUGACUUGGCCCAUUUAACCAACUAUACUAUUAGGCGUGACAAAUUGGAGAAGAGCUUCCUGCUUUUUCUUUCCCAAAGGCAUUGGCCUGCGUGUUUUGGCGAUUCUUUUCUCUUUCUCUCUUUUUCUCUCUGUGGACAUUCUUUCGUUCAGUGCCAAAAUGAACGGCGAAACCAAGUUUUGACGCGAUUUCCAACGACGGAGAUUUCGCAUGAGAUCCUUCUCCUGAUUUGGCAUUUUCGGAGUUUCUCUUUGUUUCAAAAUUUCCUCCAAAAAUCCUUUUUUCGUCCGUAUUUGUUUGAAUCAUCUUACUUGGGCUAAUCUUAUGGAUUAUGGCUUAGAGCGUAAACUAGUCCUUUUUUGUUUACGAUUUUUGAAUGGACCUGAAAAGUCUGUUUAUAUUUUGUUGUGUUUGUUUAGGAUACUUUAUUUAUUUUUGUUAUCGAUUCCAAAAGAUUCGAUUGUAAGUUUAUAUGAAGAAUGAAGCUUACGAGGUCUGUUUCAAAUGUUUUCCCUCUAAAAGUUGAUGUCAAAGUUUGAAGUCUCACGAAUAUUUAAUAGUCCAAGCGUCGAUCGAUUGAACGUUGGCCGAAUAGAAUGGGACUGUUUGCGGAAGUUUUCCUCUUUCGCCACAUGGUUUUUUCCAUUUUUCGCGUUUUUCGGCUCCAUUACUCGAAAAAUUGAAAAAUGAUAUUUUUUGCAUCUGCAGUGGUGUGUGAUGGGAAUAUUAAUCUACGUAAUUUUCGAAAUUUUCAUGUCUUUUUUAUACGUUUCUCGAUAAGCCUUUUGCCUCCAAAAUGCCACGAUAUUUAGGAAUCACCAUUCUCUUCUGUAGGAAAAACCUUCGAAGCCCUUCUUGAUGAAUCAUAAUGCAUGACGGCUCCUGAGUUUCCCAUUUUACGAAUUUCGCCUCUGUUUUUUGAAAAUAUAUGAAUUUAUUCCAGCAUAGCGAACCGAUGUCGCGCCGCCUUGUCGCCGUUCAGUCUCAGCUGUGACGACGUACGUUUCUUCUUUUCAAAUUAUUAUUAGAAGUUGUCAUUUGUCUUGAAAAUACGGAAAAUUUAUCAAUAACCUUGCUGAGAAUGUUUUUACAGAACGGGAAGUUGAUAGUGCGCCCUGCUGUGAAACUACCUGCACCCUAACCUUCUUCCCGUUAUCAGCCUCUCUUUUCUCCAUGUAGCUCGCUGUUUUUAUACUUUCUAAUGAGGAAUCACCCUCCGUAUCAAUUCAUGUAAAAAGAAUUUCGCUCUACGGGUUCUUCUACGUUUUUCCUCUCUGUAAAUGUUAAUAAUAACUCAUAUCUUAGCUCAUUCAAUUUUUUUUUUCGUUUUCUGUGAUCCCAGAAAGUAUAUCUAGCGCAAAUUUGAAUAGAGAAUCGAGACUGAGUGUAAAUUAAAGAGCAUCUGGGUAUUUCCUUGUUUCGCACACUAUUUCUCUUUUUAUUUUGUUUCGAAAACGUAUUUAUGCGUUUUAGCGGUAUUCCUCCCAACUAUCUGGAUAUUCAGAACCGCAUUAUUUCUCAUUCAGCGUUUUUGUUGUUCGUCAGAUUUAAGGAAUGCCUUUUUCAAUCCUUCUUUUUCAUUUCGAGUUAUAUACAACGUUACUUGUAGUGACAUUUGUGUUUUUUGUCCGAUAAAUUUAAUUUAUUUGAUUUUUCCUCUCAAUUUUUUGUAUAACUGUCGCUGCUGAAACUAUGCAGCCCACACGUUUCUACUGCAGAACGUGCUAUCUUCAAUCGCAGUAUUUUGUGAAUUCGCUCUUUUUUUCCUUCCAGAACUCACGAAGGACCUCGCGGUUCUAUUGAAUUUCGACUUUCAACUUCACAGUUCAACCUGGACUAUUUACAUUCGGAUCCGGUUGGUUUUCUUUCACUUUUACUCCGAAAAAAACUUUUUCGAGAUUUCAUAGGUCCAUUGCGUGAAUAACACCUUGUUCUGGUUGUAUUUUUCUUUUUCCCUUUUUGAAAAUUUUCUCUCAAAAGGUAAUCCAUUUCCUGGUCUUUCAUCUGUGGUUAUAUCUUUUUUGCGAAAAACAACGUGAUUCCAUCGAAUUUAUCAUUGAAAGUUCGAUUCAUAUCGUCUGUCUGAAACGUAACUAUAAAUGGUCCGAUCCUUAUCGGUUUGAAGUCUUUUCUGGGAAGUUUUUCAUUAUCUGCCAAUCAUUUUGCACAUACUUAUGACUGGUUUUUAAGAUUCUUAGGCAAGCCUGACUGUGAGUACUGAGAAAAGGCUUAUAUCUUAUAUCGCACAUCAGUUUGGCCCGUCCGAUUUGGCACACUGUAGUUUUAAUUUGUGCAUACACCGAGCGCUGUUUUUUCAUUAAUAACCAGUUUUUUGUACGAAAAAGUGAGCAAGUUUGAAGAAAAGCACAAUUAGAACAAUCAAAGAUAAAAAAAUUUAACUAUUAAGUUAUUGGAAACGUUAACAAGUCUAAGAAAACGGCCUAACUUGAGAAAACCGUCUUUAAUGAGUAAACAUCGUAUUUUCUGUAAUUUUUCAUCUUUUUAGUAACGAAAACAUCCGUGCUCAAUUUAUUAAAUAAAAAAAUAAUCAAGAAUGGUCUAGUAUGGCCAGCAGAGACGUAGCAGUGAAAACCGGACGGGUCCCUGUAGGUCUGAGCUGGGUAAUUAAAAGUCUCAGGAAAAAUUGCAUUUCUCUUAUUAUUAUUUUUUUUUUCUGAUGAAAAAGUUUUGAAACAAUCGUAAUCUGAUAGAGGAGAGAAGAUCUUAUAAAAAGCUAUUUCGAGCGAGUUUCUUGUAUGGUGCAGUAUUUUAAAAUUUCGUUAGAGUUUAUAAAGGAGCAAAGACAGAAUAAUAAUAUCUCGAAGGGGAAUUCCCUUUUUCAGAAAUACUUAUCCAAUGCCAUACUUCUGCAGAUUACAAAAAAAAAAAACAAAACUUUUUGAAUGUCUGUUAGGCGAUUUCAUUAACCGAAAGCCUGAAACCUCAAAAUUGGAAAUGGAAAAAAAAAAUGAAAAAAGAUCUGUUCAUCUCGCAGCUCGAAACAGAGAGAGAAUUUGCUAUUUGUGUGGCAGCCGUCGAUUUCUCAACUUGAAAAGAAAAAUGCGAUCGAGGAGCUCUCAAAGCUUUCAAAAACCGAUAAGAGUUGUACGUAAUCGCUAAAAGUUCAUUUUUGGCGUUUCCUCAUUCGAUUUAUCUGUUUAUUCGAGCAUUUUCUGAUUCAUUUCCCCCUCAAGUGUCUGGUUUCGCUUAUAUUCGUUGCUGACCUCUCAACCGUUUCCCUAUCGAUUCCUACCGAAAAAAUGCUUUCUGAGGUUCGUUUUGUUAGAAAAAUGUUGUAUUAGACUCAUAGAACUUUUCAAAUUACUUUCUGUGCUAAUCAUUACCUCGAAAAUUCAGGUAAAAUAUAUCCAAUUUGAGAACCACCAUUUGAAAGAAAUGUAAAAUGUUUUUUUCUUCUAAAAGAAUUUCUCCGCAGAUGUUUUAAAAACGAUUUUUUGGUAAGAUUGUGAAAUUUUAUUGCGAUUUUCAUACGAUUUGCCGGCGCACACACUAUGAAAUUUUUUUCUUCUUGUCGAAAUUUAUUCCUUUUUUUCUUUUUGAAAAAAACUUUCCUACCAAAAAUUUUUCAUGAGAAAAAAACAUUCGGACUGAAUAAAAAGCUAAACUAUUUGAAGCCUUCCAAUCUCGAAGAAUCGCUCGGAGACACGCAGAGUCUUCUCCAGACCGCGAGCUCAACCGCCGGCACCACCGCGGCCGUCGCCGCGACUUCGGCUUUCCAAGUCAGUAGAAUAUUUGACUGACCUUUUAUCACUCACAUUCAUUUGCAUUUUUUAAAACUUUUGGUGUUUCAAAGGUGGCAAUGUCUUGCAUGAAACAGAAUUACACUGAGAACGGCUUUUCGUCUGAAAAAAAAAAACGUUUUCAUGCUUCUUCGAACACCGAAGCAAAUUUUUUGAUGAGAGUUCUCCUUGUUAUCAAGCUUAGUACGAAACUACCAAAAAGAAAUGUGAAUAAGGAAAAAAAAAGAGUCGAUAGCUGAACUAUUCACAUGAAAGUCUAUUGAACAGAUAAGUAUACUUGAACGGGUUGAUGGGCAAACGGUUUAAAAAUGAGAAAAAUUUUUUUCCCAUACAAAAAAAUUUUUUUCAAAAAAAUAGAGCAUGAAUUCAAAAAAAAAAAAAACAAGGGAAACAAAGUUUUUGGAAAAGAUUCAUUUACGCAUAACGUUGUUCCAGUGGACGGGGGGAAUUUGACCUCUGUUUGCCCCAAUUUUUGCGUAUCCUCGAAAAACAACCGUUUCCCCCAACUUUCUUGCAUUUCUUGGGAUUUCUCACUUCAAGAUGACUGUACUCGACUUAUUUGGGGUUAGUUUUGUUUAAUAGACUCUGAAAACGUGGAAAGUGACAGACAUUUCCUCAAAAAACUGAUUUCGGAAAAUCAUUUAUUUUACUUUUACUCACGAAAUUUCAUUACCAAUGAAUUAUUUGAGAUUGGAAAGCUAAUAUAGUAUGUAAAAUUAUGCGAGGAAUUUGAGAAAAAAAAAACAUUUUCCAAUGAAUUUUUUCAAUUUUAAAGGGAAUGAAAUUAAUUCAGACGUCAGAUAUAAAAGAUAAAAAGUUCAGUCGACGAAUACAACCGAUAUGAUGUUGUUGGUGGAGCCAGAAGGAUUGGCGUUGAUUCCGUGGAAUAAAAUGGGCGGCUACAUCGCACAGGGCGCAGUCUACUUCUUCAAACUGUUCAUCAUCAGUCAGUUAUUUGAAGAGUUUUUAACAAAUGGGGCUUUCUGGAAGAAAUAAUUAGAACGUGUGAGGUGAAUCUCGAACGAACGAUAAAAGCGAUAGAGGGCGCCACGCGUCCAACAAAAUAACAUGGCGGCAAAAUUUCAACAUCUUUUCGCCUCUUUUCUCUCGUCUGCAAACUUCCGCGCGCACUGUUUUGUUGCACAAUUCUCUUCAGGACUGUUUGUCUAUGCAACAUUUUCUUCGUUUUGCACUUCUCAAACCUCCAUUUUUGAAUUUAAAAGCCAAAAAUACAAUGGAACACAUUUUUAUGCAAAAUUUUCACCCCGAAUUUCGCUGUUUACUUUGCGAUUGGCUUUGAUUUAAAUUGAUGAAGUUUUUCCCGUAUUCUUCCUCUUUAUUUUUUAUAAAAAAGCUAGUUUUGCAUACAUCAUGGUAAAACAAACGGAAAAAUAGAAAGAUUGUCAAAAAAUACCUUCGAACGUGUUUUCGUGCGGGAUUUUGUAAUUAAACUCAUUUCUUUUCAAUCGAGUCUUUUGAAGAUACAUAUUGUUCAAAAUUUUAUCUGGUUUUGGUCUUUCUGUCAUUUGUUUCGAUAACUUCAACGUUUUUUUUUUGAGAUCGGUUGGUUUGAUUUUUUUUUGAAUUUUCCCUGUUCUUUGUUUUUUUCUUACAUCUAAUACAUUUCAAAUCAACCUGCUUAUUUUGGCUCGUUUCGCAAAAUUGUUUAAGGUCAACAUUUCGGGUUACUUCCUAUUCGCCGACUUUUUCCACAAAGGGAACCCAUAUUUAUUGGAAUUAUUGAGAAAAGAAAGCGUCGCAGAAAUGUUGAUGAACAUUGUGGUGGUAUUUGUUGUUUGUGAGUUUGAGAAUUGUUCAAAGCUUAAAAAUUUGAAGUUUUCUUAUCGUCACAGAGAUAUUGAUUUUUUUUUUUCUAUUUUACUGCAUUCAGUAGAAGCGGUGAAAAACGUUUGAUGUGCAGGAAAAUUAUUCGAUUUUGACAAAAAAAAAGAGUUCAGCUUGCAAAAAGUUGGAACUUGCAAAAAGCUCACUUUUUAAUAAUUUAAUGAUUUAAUCCAUUCCGCUCUAGCUUGUUACAUUUUUUUUUUCUGACAAAAAAAGACUAUAUACCAAUUUUAUUUCUUCUGUUCUUCUGAAACGUGACCGUCUUGCGCGGAAUACAGUAUAGAUCAGUCGGAACCCUAACUAAAUCACUUAGAUGUUAAAUUUCAGAGAAUUCAUUCUACAAUAAUUUUGGAAAAGAAACUAUGAAAAUUUAUCCAAAGUUUUAAAAAUAUGAUAAGCUAUAAAAGUUCUGUGAAGUUGAUGAGACCGAAAACAAAUUGGAAUUGCUUUUUUUUUACGGAAAUGAAGUUUUUACAGUUGGUGGUGCGAUACCCUACGUGUUCCAGUACGUCGAGAUCCAUCACAGAAGAAAUGCCAGCGGAUUUUCGCUUUUCGUCUGUCUUGCGCUUUGUGUCGCCAACAUCCUCAGGAUACUGUUCUGGUUUGUUUCAAAAAUUCUUCUUUUUAUUCAUUUUUUUAACUUAAAAUGUCUUUUUAGAUAGAACAAAUAUCAUUAUUCAACUGAAAUGAUGGCACUCUUUUCACUGAAAAAAGUUUAAAUGGAUUUUUUUAAAAUUUGACAAUAGACAGCUUCAAAGCUCGAAAAUUUCAUAGCUUUAUCAUUAGCUGACUUAUAAAUAUUUAAAUUUUUUCAUUUUGUUGACAUUGGUUUUUAGUUUUGUAAGAUGCUGUCAAUUCGACUCUCGAUAAUGUUGCGAUAAAAUAACACAAUUUUUUUGGUUUUUUUGAUACAUCACUUACUUUUUGGCGUUUAGUUUAUACAGUAAAAAAAUGACAUUCCUCUUUUCUGCGAAUUUUUUUCGUAAGACAGCGAAACAAAAAAACUUGAAACCGACAUCAAAGUUUCUUUGAAAAAAACUCAGAAAAAAAUUAUUUAUGAGAUAUAAUCGUAACAGAGUCGAAAGUUGAAGCUAUAAACUCCCAGUUAGACAAAAAAAUUUUUCAAAUUCGUUAUCGAGUUUGAAUGGAAAUUCGUUUUUUUACUUGAGAAGAUGAAAAAUUAUAUUUUUUUGAGGUUUGGCAAGAGGUUCGACGUCGCUCUGUUGGCGCAGAGUAUAGUGAUGUUUUUGGCGAUGAUCGCCAUGUUGGAGAUUGCCGUCCGGAUGAACGCCAAACACACGCCGAAGCCGCAGCGAAAAUCCCUUCUCCGUCAGUUUUUUUUUUCUGUUUCAGUUCAUUCAUUUCAGACGAAGAUCCCUCUCAACUUGAGGAAAUUUAUAGAAAUAUUGAAACAUGUCGAACUCUUUGCGUGGGUUCUCUCUCCUUUCUUCUCUCUUUUUUUCGAAACAGUGCGAAAAUUGAGCAUUCACCUCAGAAUAGCAUAUCGCGCCGCCAUAUUUAGGGUGUGGGCGACGCUAAAAAUAGGGUAAAAGAAAAAUUAGUGCGUGGGGAAACGGAUACUAAAAAUGCUUUUCGAAUACAUUCACGUUUUUUUUUUGUUGCAAAAAGCAUGUGGACUUUGACUUUGAUGUAAUGAUUCUUCUGAAUUCGUAGACCUUUUAUCCAAUGAUCUUUUUUUAGGUUUGUAG